CGUCCUGCCCGGUGCCGAGCCCAGCCCUGCGGUCGCCGGGUCCCGAGCCGCCGGCAGCCAUGGCUCCUGCGGCGGGGCGCUGGGCCCCCGGCCUGUGGCGGGCCUGCAACUGGCUCAUGGCCGCCUUCUUCGCGCUGGCGGCCUUGGUGCAGGUGAAUGACCCAGAUGCACAACUGUGGAUGGUGAGUAGGCGCCGCUUCCGCCGGCAGGAACCGCGGGCCCGCACCAAACACACAGCCUCAUCGAUUAGUCCCGCCUCCCUCCCUUGUGUGGUGUACAUGAUACCUGCAGCGCUGAGCCUGCUUGUUGGACUUAACCCUCUUGUCACGGGCAACUUUAUCUGGAAGAGUGUCUCCACAAUACACAUACUCGUUUGUAUCGUGUGGGCUGUCAGCUUGGCGUGCCACCUCUGGCUUCACUCCCAACAGAACAUCUUACAUGAGGAAGAAGGCAGGGAGCUGUUUGGUCUGGUGAUUAUCACAGUAUGGAUGAGUCUAUGUCACAGUUCAUCAAAGAAUCCAGCUGGUGGAAGAAUUCAGUUGGCUACUGCUGUUGUAAUCACUCUCCUCCCAUUUAUCUCUUGGAUCUACAUAUACAUCAACAAGGAGAUGCGGUCCUCCUGGCCAACUCACUGCAAAACAGUAAUUUAAAUGAAGUCAAGAAUCCUGUUCUUAAAAUGAGUAUUGUUGAUCAAUUGUUUAUAAACAUAUGUAACCAGCCAAUAUAUGUAAGAAGCCAAUUUCCUAGGAGUUUAUUUCAGGUAAUUUGAGCUAAUAUUAGAGAUGAUUUUUUAAAAAAUUCUAAGAACUUUCUGAGGAUGCCUACAAUACAGCAUAGGAUUGCAGGGGACUGGAAAGAGAUAGGGGUCUGACAUUAUGUUGUGUCACCAUGUAGUAGAAAGGGCAGCAGAACAAAAGUUCAGGAAUAUGAAUUCUAACUCAGCUUACCACUAUCUAUAUGACUUGGGCAAACAUAUGAACCUCCUGGUGGAUAUCUUCAUCUGCAAAAUAGGAUUAAUGCCAGAUCUUCUACUCACUUGUGCAGUAGUUGCAAGGAUUAAACUGGAGAAUAGGAGAGCACUCCAAAAGUACCAAGUGCUACUAAGGGAUUACACGUGAUUAAAACAGGAAAGCAGGGUUUGAGUGCUGUGAUGGAAACAGAGGUUCAAGAAAGGGCUGUGCCCCUGGACUGAACUCACCGUAUGCAGGACCAGCGCAGUGCCAUGAACGAAACGAAGAUGCCAAAUGAACGAGCAUGUAGCAUAAAGGAAUUUGGGACCAAAAGGAAAGAGGGAAUAUUAACCACAUUGUAAAUGAAAAAGAAGACCAAGAUCUAUACACAUUUAAAAAAAUAAUAAAUGUCAAAGGUAGCCCUGGGGAGAAGACCAUUUUAGCACAUUGUCUGUGCUCUCCAAUGUGACAACCUGCAUUACCAUAACCGUGAUGCAUACACACACACACACACACACACACACACAUACACAACAUGGUAACGUCACCACGGUGCAUAUGUACAUGCACAGACAUGAGAACAUCACUGUGGUGCAUACUCCGUGACAUGGUAGCAUAACAUGGUAACAGAACCAUAACGUGUUGCACUGAGUGCUUGAAAUGUGGCCAGAAUGGGGCAGUAAAAUUCUACUUUGUUCAUUUUAAUUUUAAAACAUAAUUCAAUUAUGAGAAAACUUGUAAAAGUGUUUUGGAACAACUUGUGUAUGUGACUCUACUUCUUUAACCUCAAGUUUUAUAUCUAAAUAUAGAUCAAGUAUUUCCAGUGAAAAUAUUUGUCAUGUCCAAUGGAUGGGUUAUAAAGUAUAAAAUACACACUGGAUUUUAAAGACAGUACAAAAAAUGCAAAAUGUUCUUAUAUUGAUUACAUGUUGAAAUGAUGUUUUAGAUAUAUUUGAGUUAAUAUAAACUAUACCAAUUAAAAUUGUUAUGGUUAUCUGUUUGCAUUUACUUUGUAAAAUGUGACUGCUUUUAAAUUA